GUGUAUCCUUUUAGUAAUUGUAUCUUUCGCUCUCUCUCUCUCUCUCUGGCUUUGGGUAGUCGAAAAUCAUCGUUCAUCUGAUCUUGUGCUUUGUCCAUGGCUAACAAGAUGAGCUAUGGAGCCUCUUCAUCUUCUCGUCGGUGGAAGUAUGAUGUCUUCCUGAGUUUUCGUGGUCGGGACACACGCUCGAACUUCAUCGAUUUCCUCUAUACAGCGUUGGCCCAAAGUGGGAUUCACACCUUUAGAGAAGAGGAAGAACUAAACUUAGGAGAGGAUAUCUCUUCAAAACUGAUGGCAGCCAUAGAAGGUUCUAGGAUUGCCAUUAUCGUCUUCUCUGAAAAUUAUGCUUCUUCCACCUGGUGCCUUAGGGAGCUGGUGAAGAUCCUCGAAUGCAAGAAAGAUGGCCGAACAGAAAAGGUUCUACCUGUUUUCUACCAUAUGGAUCCAUCUGAUGUUAAGAAACAGAGGAAUUCUUAUGCGGAGGCAUUUAAGAGACACGAAGAACGUUUCAAGAAUGAAAUGGCGAAGGUGGAGACGUGGAGGACUGCUCUCACAGAAGCGGCCAAUUUAAAAGGCUGGGCAGUUGCAAAUGGGAAUGAGACGACGCUCAUAGGGAAAAUUGUUGAGCAUGUAUUGUCAAUAACGAGCCAGACACACUUGCACGUUGCAGAAUAUCCAAUUGGGUUAGAUUCCCACAUUGAGCGUAUUGCUUGUUUGCUAAAUGAUGGAAUGGAUGUUCGCACCAUAGGGAUAUGUGGUCUUGGUGGAAUAGGUAAGACGACUAUAGCAAAGGCCGUUUUUAAUGUCAUGUUUACAAAAUUUGAAGGUAGCAGCUUUCUUGCUAAUGUUAGAGAUGCUUCAAACCAACAAAAGGGUUUAGCUCUCUUACAAAAGCAACUUCUCUCCGAUGUCUUGAAGGAAAAAUAUAUAGACCUAGACAAUGAGGACCAAGGAAUCAAUAUUAUCAAAGAGCGUCUACGAUAUAAAAAAGUUCUUAUUGUUCUUGAUGAUGUGGAUGAAAUGGAGCAAUUUGAUAAAUUAGUUGGAGGUUGCUUUGGUCCAGGAAGUCGAAUCAUCCUAACAACUAGGGAUGAACAUUUGCUAAAUGUGCUGAAGGUGGAUGAAAAAUAUAUGGUCCAAACACUGGACCAAAAUAAAGCCCUUCAACUUUUCAAUAGGUAUGCCUUUCGACAAGAUCAUCCAUUAGAAGGCUUUGAGCAGCUCUCAGAUGAUGCAAUAAAUUAUGCAAGAGGCCUUCCUUUAACACUAAUGAUUUUGGGCUCUCAUCUGAGAGAAAAAAGUGAAGUUGAGUGGAAAAGUGAAUUAAUGAAAUUAGGAAAGAUACCCAAUGAUCCGAUUUUAGAAAAACUUGACAUAUAUGAUGUAUUGGAUGAUUUUUGCAAGACCAUAUUCCUUGAUAUAUCAUGUUUUUUCAUUGGAAAGGACAAAGACAUUGCAAUUAAAAUUCUGGAUGGUUGUGGCUUGCCCGGGGAAGCUGGAAUAAAACUUCUCACAGAGAGGUCUCUAGUAACAAUUGAUGAAGAUAGCAAGCUAUGUAUGAAUAAUCUUAUUCGAGAUAUGGGAAGGGAAAUUGUUCGUCGACAGUCCCCUGAGAAUCCUGAAGAUCGUAGCAGAUUGUGGGACCAGGAUGAUGUCUUGGAUGUAUUGAGAAACCUCCGUGGAACUGAUGCAAUUGAAGGUCUUCAAUUAAAGGGAAAAGAGUUUGGCCCAUUGAAAACUGAAGGAUUUUCUAAAAUGCCUAAUCUAAAAUUACUUGAAGUUGAUUGUCCAAGAUCCAGCGUCAAUAUAGAUUUGGGACACUCUUUUCAGGACGGGGGUUUUUUUUUCAGAAACUUAGUUUGGGUUUGUUGGAAAGAAUUCCCUUUUGAAUAUAUACCAAAUCAUUUUCAUCUUGGGAACCUUGUUAUUCUUGACAUGCAAGAGAGCAAACUCAAAGAAGUUUGGAAGGAAACAAGGAAUCUCGCAAUGUUGAAGGAACUCAAUCUUAGUAAAUCUCCUUACCUAAAACGUACACCGGACUUUUCAAAGCUCUCGAACCUUGAGAAACUGAUUCUCAAUGGAUGUAAAAGUUUGGUUAAAGUCCAUAAGACUAUUGGUCUUCUUAAGAAACUUGUUUACUUGGAUCUAGGGGAUUGCAGCGAUCUCAGGAAUCUUCCAAGCGGUAUUAGUAAAUUGGCAUUGCUUGAAACACUUGAUGUUUCUUGUUGCAGCAAUCUCAGUAAUCUCCCGAGUGGUAUUUCUUUUUGCUCAAAGCUUGAAACCCUGAACAUGUGGAAUUGCCCCAGACUCAAAUCACUCCCAAUGCUUCCAUCAAGUUUGCGUUCUCUUUAUGCAUCAUGUUGCAACAAGUUGAGAAGGAUACCAAAUCUGUCAAAUUCGAAGUACCUAAUGAAGCUAGACCUUUCACGCUGUGAAAAGCUAACUGAAAUUGGGGGCUUAGAUGGUUUGAAGUCUGCAACAACUAUAAAACUAAAUGACUGCGUUAAUUUGAAAACUUCUAUCAAGAAGAGAAUCUUUCAGGAAAUAUCUAAAGACGUCGGAAAUACGGAAGUGUGCAAGAUCAUUAUGGGUGGGAAUGAGGUUCCAGAGUGGUUUGGCUUUCAAAGUGAGUCACCUUCGUUGUCUUGCGAGGUUACUCGACUUCACAACAUGGAUAUUCAAGGGUUAAUUAUAUGCAUUGUUUGUUCACACACCAUAAGAGAAGAAUGGUUGUUCGACAACGAUUUUAAAGUAGUGGUUGCAGUUUUUAUUGAAUCAAAGAAUUCUACAUGGAGCCAUAGAAGUGAAAUUUCACUUGACCGUAAAGGAAUGACUACUUAUGCUAUCAAGAUACCAAAUUCUGUUUGGGAAACAAUUGCUGAAUAUGGGAACACGAUCAAAGUUUCAAUCGAGGGAGGCUCUCACUAUGAUGUGAAAUCUGGGAUGGUGAAGAAAAUUGGGACGAAGAAAAUUGGGGUCCAUUUCCUCUAUGUGUCACAGGAAAAUCCCCAAGCAUCCCUAAGCAUUCAACGUUGUGGGUUCCUUCAAUCAUUUGGGAGGUUUUUCCAAGUUCAAUAAGGUAAUGGGACGGGUGGUAGCAAACAAGACGAAGCAGAAGGUAUUGCAGAAGGUGUAGAAGCAGCAAAGGCUCUGGGUUUGCAUAGGGCAAUGUAUAUAUAUAUACAUAUAUAUAUAUAUAUAUAUAUAUAUAUGACUGCAAAGGCGUGGUAGAUCAAUUGAAUCUUCUGAACUUCAACACAUGGAUCAAUGGAAGAUGGCUUUCAUUUUCUUUAACAUUAAAAGCCUUUUUUCCAUGCAUUUAUGUACUUUUUAUUAUAAUUUGUGAGGAAAUAGGUUCCAAGGUUAUGCUGUUGGAUGUUUUCUUCAGAUUGCCAAAUAAACCUGAUGGAUUAGUUGCUUCAUGCUUUUGUACUCUUUUUGACAAAACCUCAAAAAAAGAGAUUUUUUGAAGUCAAUAUAAGUUGAAGUGUUGUUGUUGUGA